ACUACCCACAAUUCCCGGUUUGAUGUCGGUAGGUCAAACAUGUCGGACAGGAAGACGAUGAAAGUGGGGUCGAGGAAAAGUCAGCUGGCUUUGAUCCAGACAAACAAAGUGAUCAGCAAGUUGAAGGAACUCCAUCCCGACUUUAAGUUUGAAGUUGUGACCAUGACAACAACUGGAGACCGUAUUUUAGAUUCUGCUCUGUCUAAGAUCGGAGAGAAGUCGCUGUUCACGAAAGAGUUGGAGGUGGCGUUGGUUGACAAAAGUGUUGACUUUGUGGUUCACUCGUUGAAAGAUUUACCAACAGCACUUCCCGAUGGACUGGCCAUCGGCUGUGUUUACAAACGAGACAGCCCAUGCGAUGCUGUUGUGAUGCAUCCGAAAAAUGAAGGUGAAACAUUGCAGGUUUUAACUGUUGGUAUUUUAUCUUUAUUUUGCAGUGUUAUCGGAACAAGCUCGCUACGCAGAUGUGCACAGAUUCGGAGACGAUAUCCCAAGCUGGUCAUCGAUGAUAUUCGUGGAAAUCUGAACACACGGUUCCGCAAGUUGGACUCGGAGGGAAGAUACGAUGCAAUAAUCUUGGCAGAGGCUGGGCUACACAGAAUGUCGUGGUCCGAGCGCAUUUCAGAAGUCUUGUCUCCAGAGGACUGUAUGUAUGCUGUAAGUCAGGGAGCGAUGGCCGUUGAGUGUCGAGCGGGAGACUUGGAAAUAAUCAACAUGUUGAACGAAAUUCAUGACCCAGACACGGCCAUCAGAUGUAUAGCAGAGAGAGCCUUCCUCAAGCAUCUGGAGGGUGGAUGCAGUGUUCCGGUAGCCGUGGACACACAGAUCACUGAUAACAAGCUGACCAUGCGUGGAGGUGUGUUCAGUGUGGACGGACGUGAAGCGGUUGAAGAAUCUUCACACGUAAUAUUCUCCAAGGCUUCGGGUGGCAAGCUUCAUAACGGCAACCAGCUGUACGCGUCUAUUGUCGGAUGCUUGGACCAGGAUCCUGCUAAAUUUGUUGCAGCUGAGAAACUGGGCACCGAGAUAGCCGAGACUAUGGUCAACAAGGGAGCAGACUCCAUUCUGCGGGCAGCGAAGCGGAAAGCCGAGGAAGAGAUCUUGGAGGAACAUGCGAGAAAGCGAGCCCGGAAAGAGGCCAGUCCCACCCUGCAGCAAGCUGUCGUCUCGUAAAGUCUGCCGUCGUCUCCACUCCAGUUGGCUCUGGGUCGAGUGUUCUCUAACCCUAAACUGCCAGUGAAAUUUGUAUUGACAACAGUGCUGAUCACUUUGCAAAGAGAUCGCAGAGUUGCAAGAUUUUAGUGACUUGUUGCCCCUGGGACCAGUUUCACAAAACAUUGUAGACCUAGUUUUGCAGGCAAACAUAAAUCUACGAAUGAACCGCAGUUUGUAUUACUAGUAACAGUACACAUUUCAUCUAUCGUACUUAAAUAGCUCCAUCUUCUGUCAUGGUGUAAUUUUCUGCAUGAAAAUAGACGCCAAACACAUGUAAACAUACAACAAGUUUAACUGAAAGUUGAAAACAUAAACAUACGAUGUUUUGUUAAAUUGGUUCCUAAUCAUUGGAAAUUGACAAAAAAUUUUUCACCAAGUACACUCUAGUCCUGUUUUCACAUAUAAACAACAGAGUUGGAGGACACUGACCUACAGACGUGUGUGUAUUUUUCCAGAUUGUUUAUUAUGUGUAUGUAACCACUGGUGCUGUUCUAUGCAGCCAUUGUAUGACAGGUGUGACUAACUCAUAGCUAUAAUCAAUGUAUUCCUGGUUGUCAUGCAACUUGAUAGAAAGAAAAGAAAAUGCUUCCAUAAUGUGUAAAAUAACCAAGACAGGCUGCAUGUUGUUAAGUAACGAUGAAGCAAUUCCUUAAAUGGCGUUCUCGUUAUAUAAUUAGUCGCACCGAAUUGUCGGCCCUACAAAAAUCGGAACGUAUGUAAGGCUAAAGUCGUUCCGAUUUAGGUGUUGUCACAGUAUGAUUUGAUCGUAUGCGACAAGUCAGUGCUACAGGAAGAUAACGAUUAUAUUUUGUUACUCGUUUGUUCAAGGAACAAAUGAGCUUGAAUUGCAGUAUGAGUGUUAAAAAAAUAUAUUAUUAGUUUAUAGGCGUCCAAUGUUAGGGUACAGGAAUUGAACAAAAAAUAAAAUAAAAAUCUGUGUCAAAAUGGUAAUGAACUGUGGUUUUUUAGGUGAUAAUAUAAAAUAGACAAACACUGUAAUUUUGCAAUUUUGUGAUUUUAAGCUAGCAGUCAAUUAGAGCGCAUCUUGUUUAAUUAAUAUCUAAUACAUUGGUGUAUCCAAAGGGAUCAUAGGGUGUUCCCACCCCCACCCAUUUGAAGUUUCUUUUUAAUGACUUUUUUUAAAAUU